CAGAACAAAAAGGGGGCGGGGGGCAACGAAAAAAGGUAACGAGACCAUCCCUGGGAUAUUCCCUCGAAGAAAACGCCAGGAUUUUCACCUGAAUCAAAGGAGAAACAGGAUGGGCUGUGCUAAAUCUAAGUCAGACCGCAGCUCCACAAAGGAUGUGGAUGUGGACCCCAAGCCUGCGACGGUACACUACGCGCCAGACCCCACAUCCAACACAUCGACUAAACCCGGCCCGCCAGUCGGUUCUGAUGGUCCUGAUAAUAUCGCCAUAGCAUUGUUUGACUAUGAGGCCUUGCACGAUGGAGACCUGGGCUUCAAGAAGGGAGAACGGCUGAAGAUCUUAGAGGAGUCAGGGGAGUGGUGGAAGGCGAUGUCCAUAAGUACAGGAAAGGAGGGCUUCAUCCCCAGUAACUACGUAGCUAAAGAUAGCCUGGAGACUGAGGAGUGGUUCUUCAAAGGUGUGAGCCGGAAAGAUGCAGAAAGACAGCUGCUGGCCUCAGGGAAUCAAGUCGGGUCUUUCAUGAUUCGUGACAGCGAGACCACCAAAGGGAGCUACUCCAUUUCAGUGAGAGAUAGAGAUGGCCACUCUGCAGACACAGUCAAGCAUUACAAGAUCCGUACCCUGGACAACGGUGGCUUCUACAUUUCCCCCCGGAUCACCUUCAGCACCCUGCAGGAGCUGGUUGCCCACUAUAAGAAGCAGAGUGAUGGGCUGUGCCAGGUCCUGAAGGCGCCGUGUCUCAGUGCGAAGCCACAGAAGCCGUGGGAGAAGGAUGCCUGGGAGAUCCCCAGGGAGUCCCUGAAGCUGGACAAGAGGCUGGGGGCAGGACAGUUUGGGGAGGUCUGGAUGGCCACGUAUAACAAGCACACCAAGGUGGCGGUGAAGACCAUGAAGCCAGGCAGCAUGUCUGUGGAGGCCUUCCUGGCAGAGGCCAACCUGAUGAAGAGUCUCCAGCAUGACAAGCUGGUGCGGCUCAACGCUGUGGUGACCAAGGAGGAGCCCAUCUACAUCAUCACAGAGUUUAUGGAAAAAGGUAGUUUAUUGGACUUCCUGAAGACUGAUGAGGGAAACCGGCUCCAACUGCCAAAACUCAUCGACUUUUCAGCACAGAUUGCAGAGGGCAUGGCCUUUAUUGAACAGAAGAACUACAUCCACAGAGACCUGCGUGCUGCCAACAUCCUGGUCAACAAGGCCCUGGUCUGCAAGAUCGCUGACUUUGGCCUGGCCCGCGUCAUUGAAGAUAAUGAGUACACUGCCAGGGAAGGGGCCAAGUUCCCCAUUAAGUGGACCGCCCCUGAAGCCAUCAACUACGGCUCCUUCACCAUCAAGUCUGACGUCUGGUCCUUCGGCAUCCUGCUGAUGGAGAUCAUCACCUACGGGCGCACCCCCUACCCAGGAAUGACAAACCCUGAGGUGAUUCGCUCUCUGGAGAAGGGGUACCGCAUGCAACGCACAGAAAGCUGCCCGCAGGAGCUGUAUGACAUCAUGCUAGACUGCUGGAAGAACAGGCCCGAGGAGCGGCCCACCUUCGAAUACCUGCAGAGUGUGCUGGAGGACUUCUACACCGCUACAGAGAGCCAGUAUCAACAGCAGCCAUGACACACAAACAC